ACAAACUGUCAGUCUGGUGAAAACUUGCUACGACCAUCAGAGACGGAAAGAGGAGAGAAUUUAUGCUUGAAAACAUUUCAGUGUUGGUGUCAGGUCAUCCAUAAUGUCCUCCAAUAUUUCGCCAGACUGACAGUUUAUUGAUCGCAUGGCGUCAUGGUGAAAUGGACGGAAGAGGAGCGCCGCAUCAUCAGAGGAGUUUGGGAAAAAGUUGAUAUUGAUGAGAUCGGAGAAGAGCUUUGGGCAAGAGCUUUGAUUGUUUACCCCUGGAUCGAUCGGUAUUUCGGCUCCUUUGGCGACAUCUUCACCACUACAGCAAUUUUAAAAAACCCCAAAUUGGCCGCCCUGGGAAAGGUCGUGCUAUCGGCUCUGGACACAGCCGUCAAGAACAUGGACAACUUCAAAGCUUUGUACGCUCCUCUGAGCAGGCAGCACUACGAGAAGAUCAAAGUGGAUCCGGAUAACUUCAGAGUAAGCUACUAUCCUGACGUUCAAGCCACAAAUAGCUCAUCUUUUGGCCGAAUGCAUCACAAUUACCAUCGCCUGCAAACUCAGAGCUGAGCUGAACCCUCAGGUCCAGGCCACCUGGCAGAAGUUUCUGUCUGCUGUGGUGGAGGCUAUGAACAGUCAGUACAAAUAAAAAAAUAAAAAAAAGGCAGACCCAAUCAAGCAUGGAGAAAAAAUUGCCAUUGAAUAAAAGUCGCUUUUUCAAAAGCAUUUAUGUGCUUGUCAACAUGUGGGAAAACAGAGCAAGUGCUUGGAGAUUUGCAGAAGCUGUGUGCCCAUGGUAGAGUCGUGUGUGUAAGUUGAAUUUUUGCGACCCCUGGAGGCAAUAAAGUAUAUAACAGACUACUAU